AGAAAACUGCAGGUCCCCGGUCUGUGCCCAGUGUGAGCUAGAGAGCGGACCAUGGAAAAGGAAGUGGGCAGACCCCGGGAAGUUAGAGGACGCCCUGGGAAAAGCAGAAUUCAGAAGGAGCUGGCGGACAUCACUUUAGAUCCUCCACCUAACUGCAGUGCUGGUCCCAAAGGUGAUAACAUCUAUGAAUGGAGAUCAACCAUUCUAGGGCCUCCAGGAUCCGUGUAUGAGGGUGGUGUAUUCUUUCUCGAUAUCACUUUUACACCAGAAUAUCCCUUCAAGCCUCCAAAGGUUACAUUUCGGACAAGAAUCUAUCAUUGUAAUAUUAACAGUCAAGGUGUUAUUUGCUUGGACAUAUUGAAAGAUAAUUGGAGUCCAGCACUAACCAUUUCUAAAGUCCUCCUUUCUAUCUGCUCACUUCUUACAGACUGUAAUCCUGGUAAGGUUAAUAAUUCUUUACCUUGUUUUAUUCUUCCUCACCUGAAAAGUACUUGUUUCCAAAAGCUUUCACAGGACAAAACUAAUUUUUCUGCAAAACUUUAUGAAUAUAAAAACUAAUCUGCUUUUCAAAGAAAGUUUUAAUCGAGAAGUUCAGUCUACUAGUUGAGACAUACAACUUCAUUAAUCAGUAUAUUCUAGCAACAAGGUAUUUUAAACUGAAGACUAAGUUUGCCUUGGGCUUUUACAAUUUCAGUUAUUCUUCCCUCUAUUUUUUUUUUCCUGUUGCUUAAUUUCCCAUAUAGUUCUUAUAAAACAAAUCAUACACUUCUAAAUGCCAAGUCAUCUGCCUGGCAAGCCUCACCUUGCCUGUGGGGUUCAGUGGGCAUGUGCCCAUAGCUGGUCACUGAGAUGGCACUCAGUUUUGAAAAUGGUAUUUGUUAAAUAGUGACUAUUGAAUUGUGACUUUUUUGGGACUUCAUUUCAUUUAAAAAAUAUUUUUCUGUAGUCCCAGCUACUAGGGUAGCUGAGGUGGCAGGAUUGUUUGAACCCAGAAGGUCAAGGCUGCAGUGAGCCAUGAGCAUGCCGCUGCACAGAACUCCAGCCUGGGUGGCAAAGCAAGACCCUGUCUCAAAAAAAAAAAAAAAUGUGUGUGUAUAUAUAUAUAUAUAUAUAUAUGUGUGUGUCUAUACACACAUAUAUUUAUUAUUUUCUAGGUAAACCAAAUAUAGAUUUAGUUAUUAAAGAUCCUAAGAUUCAGAGAAAUACUAUACUUAAUUGGAGGUCCAGGUUUUGCCUGGCAACCUGGCUGUUUAACCAGUGUAAAGGUAAAUAGUGUUGCAUUGCAACAGCCCCGAAGACUUCACAGUAUUCACGAUGCCAUAACUGGUGACAUUGAGCUAAGGGUCACAUGAAGACAGUUGGAUGUUCAUUGUAGUCUGGACCCUUGACCGUUCCAGUCUCUAUUGAACUCAGCCUAACACAUAAGAGUAAAGAAACUCCAAUCGGGUGUUGUUUAUUGGGAGAAAAAUGGAAUGAACUAAGAUACAGACAGACCAGUACACUAAAGCCUGAGCGUUCCCUCUUCCUCCCACGUUACAAUUUUUAAAUUUUUGAUGGAAAAAUAUCCGGCAUGGUGGAGUGGUGUUUCGAAGAUGGGUUUGAUCACACAUACUUGGUUGUACAUGUCUGCCCAAGCUGUCACUAAUGUAUUUGCUAAAGUUUAAAAUGUUCUUUUCCUUUCU